AUGCAAGUAGAUAAUAUAAAUAAUGCUAAGAACAGCAGCAGCAACAGCAGCAACAGCAGCAACAACAACAGCAGCAGCAGCAGCAGCAACAGCAGGACAAAUAAGAGGAGUAUAGUAGAGGUAGAGUUGCUGCGGUGCAAUGCAUGCGGUGUAGCAGAAGGAGACACCUUAAUAACAAGAACACAUUUAUUGGGGCUGCAUGCAGGAGAUUAUGCAGCAGGUUAUGAUUUAGAUAGGAUAAAUCUAUCAGGAUUUAUUGAUGAUUGUGUAGAGGAAGAGGAUCUACAUUGGUGCUGCACUAGUAGAAGCAGCAGCAGCAGCAGCAGCAGCAGCAGCAGCAGCAGCAGCAAAGGGUUUGCUGCUGCUCCUUAUCCUGUUAUAUUAGUUAAGAAAUAUUUUCCUCAUAGAAAUAAUAAGAGGAGACAAUGGGUACUAAGGAGACUAGAGAAGGAGACAGAGGAGGAGGAAGGAGACACAGAGGAAGCAGCAGCAGCAGCAGCAGCAGCAGAUAAUAAUAAUAAUAAUAAUAGUAGGAAGAGGAGAGGACAUGGCAGCAAACGUGGCACAGCAGCAGCAGCAGCAGCAGCAGCAGCAGCAGCAGCAGAGGAAGAAGAAGACGAAGACUUAGAGGAAUUUAAGAGAGACAUAGAAGAUGAUCCCGAGCUAAGGAGACAGUUGCUGCUAUAUAGAGACCCUAGGCAGCAGCAGCAGCAGCAGCAGCAACAGCAGCAGCAGCAGCAGAAACAGCAGCAGCAGAAACAGCAGCACCAGCAGCAGAAACAGCAGCAGCUGCAGCUGCAGCAGCAGCAGCAGCAACAGAAACAGCAACAAUCAGAUGCACCUAAAGGUGCAGCAAAGAUAAGAAUAAAUACCAGCAGCAGCAGCAGCAGCAGCAGCAAGCAGCAGCAGCAGCAGCAAGGAUUAAAACGUAGGGAAGCAAAUAAGGCAAGAAGAUUAACAGAGAGACAGAAUCGUGUGUCUCUUACUCAGCAGCAGCAGCAGCAGCAGCAGGAAGAAGACGAAGAAGAGGAGGAAGAAGAAGAAGAAGAAAUACAAGACAGCAUCAACAGCAACAGCAACAGCAGCAGCAGCAGCAGCAGCAGCAGCAGCAGCAGCAGCAGCAGCAGCAGCAAGAAUAUACCUACUAUAGAUAUAAGCGAACUAUUAGAUGGAUUAACUCUUGAUGAUCUUAAACCAAUUAAACCUGGUGGGGUGUAUACGCAGCAAGAUGCUGCUGCUGCUGCUGCUGCUGCUGCAACUGAUGAUGAGGAUGAGGUAGAUCCAGCAGCAGCAGCAGCAGCAGCAGCAGAUGCAGCAAAUGCAGCAGAUGCAGCAGCAGCAGAUGCAGCAGCAGAUGAUGGAUCUUCUAGCGAAGAAGAUACUCUAUAA